AUGGAAAGAUCAACCACACCCGCUAAUGGGUACAAUGGAAAGAUCGCAAUGCUCGAGGUUUACAGUCAAUCUGCUAGAGAAGAAGCUCUUAUCGUUCAUGCACUUGUAGAUGAACAACAAGUUGAACUUCUUAUAUUCAAGGGGUUUUCUUCAUGUUUGAGCUACGGGACUUCACCAGAUCCAUCAAAGAGUGUGAUUCCAAGAAGAGCGGUGAUAAACUCCAUUUAUAGAAUGGAAGGUCCUUUUGAUCCUUCCAACAUUCAAUACAUUGAAAUAGCUUUCCAAUGGCAAUCUUUUAAGGCCCGCUUCGGCAAUAGCAGGGAGAACAUUGAAAUUUGA